CGAAUGCUACAUUGAAUGCUAGGUAUUCAGUUAAAAUUGUUAAAGUUAUGACGUCAAAACGGGUUCGAAUCUGAAGCGCCAGUCAGGGUCUGCUCUUUAAGGCUCUUCCUCGUAACAGUUUUCCGUACACCUCAGUUUCGUCACGCUGACUCUUCGCCUUUCGUAUAAACUUCCAAAUCAUCACCAGUCUUUCAUGUCUACUUCCUUUCUGGGCCUUCCUGUUUCACAACAUGCCGUCGCCCGCGGUGUGACGGUUUUCUUCGGCAUCCUCAGCACAAGUAUGGGUUUGCGGGCCCUCGUAGACCCAGCGGGCUACGCGGCAAUCUUUGGAGUUCCAGCGCUAUCAUCAACGAUGGCAACUGCAUCACGCAACCCCUUCAUCAAAGCUGCUGGCGCCAGCAGACUGGCCGGGGGACUUGGCACUCUGGCGUGUGUCCUGCUGGGUCAAGACAAAGGUGCAGCGCUGGGCUUGUGCGCAGGUGCUAUCGUGGGCAUCAUGGACGGGUUGAGCCUGAAAGCAGAGAUUGAAGCCACAAGAAAGGAGUUGGGCGGAAAGACUCAUGAUGAUGACGAUGGCGUGAAAAGUUUGGAAGAGUCCGAAGGCAAGGCCUGGGGUCACAUGAUGUUUGGGCCUAUUGCUGCUGCACUUGGCUCGUGGCUGUACUACGUUUCAUGAAGAAUGAGAUACCAAUGCGAAAGUGAGGAAUUAUGUGCUCCCUUGUCCAUACUACAAAAUUGACGUGUG